AUACCAUGAAUCUGAUACACCCUUCCUUUACCUUUCAUAAAACUAUUCCAUUACAAAUACGAAACCCAGUCCACAUCACAAUUCACAUUCCAAUGCCCAAAAGCUUAGCUUCCAGUCUCUUGUUUCAAAUUCGAUGACCCUUUUCAUGGCUUCUUCUGGUUCUGCUGCAGAAAAUAUUAAAGAGGGUAAUUUGGUCUUGCAAGAUGGAUAUGUCUUCAAAGAAGAGACCCAUCUCACUGUGCUCAAAACCUCUCUCUUCUUCGCCGGCGAUGGCUUCACCGUGUACGAUUGCAAGGGUGAACUCGUCUUCCGAGUUGACUCUUAUGGAUCCGACACUCGCGACAGAGACGAACUCGUUCUCAUGGAUCCAAUCGGACGUUGUCUUCUCACCGUUCGCCGAAAGAGGCCGAGUCUGCAUCAACGGUGGGAAGGCUUUAAAGGGGAGAGAACGGACGGUGAUAAACCGAUCUUCAGCGUGAAGAGAGCAUCGAUCAUCGGACGGUCACGUGCGAGCGUGACGGUGGAGGUGUACGAUAACCCAGGUGAGGAGUACCAUAUCGAAGGGUGCUUCUCGCAGCGUUGUUGUACGAUUUUUAACGCGAUGAAGGAAUCAGUGGCUGAGAUUCAUCGCAAAGUGGAUCCCACCACCAGUGUUAUGCUUGGGAAGGAAGUGUUCUCUCUUUGCGUUAAGCCCGGUUUUGAUGCUGCUUUUGCCAUGGGAUUUGUGCUUGUUCUCGAUCAGAUUAACGGCGAUGAUUACGUUGAUAAUGAUGCAACCACUGAGCCUGCAGUGCACCCUGCUACAGAGGAUUAAACCCGCACAUUCACGUUUGUGUAUCAUGUACCGGAGGCUUUACUAAUCUUGGGGAGUUUGGAGUGUCCCUCGUUAGGGAACCUCUGCCCCUUCUUUUCUGGGUCACGCAUUUGAAAGAAUAAUGUUUUCAGUUUCCCAUGUGAUCGUGUAAAUUUUUAUAUUUAUUCAUAAAAUAAUAUAAGUUGAGGUUUCCUAUUUCAAUCAAUUGGCCUUUUUUAU